UAUAUUUGAAUAUUUCAGAUUUAAAUUCAUCUCUGUGUACGACCAGCGAAUCAAGUUGAAAAUAUUAGGAAUUGAAUCGAAUAUUUAUCCUGGUGAUUUAAAAUAGCACUUCUUCACAAGACUAGUCAUGAUUCUUAUUCCUUAAACAAACAGGUUGAAAGAUUUGAAUAUGUCGAGUAGAGGGGAGGAUAGUAGUGAUGUACUCGUGUGUGCUAGCGAGUACAUACCUGACAGAUUGUACUUUGUGACAUUGAAAACGAACGUAAAGCCUAAAUCUACGACCAACACUCAUUACUUCUGUAUUGACGAUGAACUGGUUUAUGAAAACUUUUACGAGGAUUUCGGCCCACUCAAUCUUUCCCUUCUAUACAGGUAUUGCAUGAAGCUGAAUAGAAAGUUGAAAUCCUAUACAUUGUCUAAAAAGAAACUUGUCCACUACACAACACUAGAUGCACACAAACGUGCUAACGCUGCUUUCCUGAUAUCUGCCUACGCCGUGAUCUAUCUUGGUCGAAGCCCAGAGGAUGCCUUUAAACCACUUCAGGGUGGUCUCAACCCAACCUUUGUACCCUUCAGGGAUGCCUCUUUCGGUGUGUCAGUGUACACUAUAACUAUCCUGGACUGCCUGAAGGCUGUACAGAAAGCAAGAAAUGCGGGUUUCUUCGAUUUCGAGGAUUUCGAUUGUGAAGAGUACGAACAUUACGAGAAGGUUCAGAACGGGGACUUUAACUGGUUGGUUCCAAAGAAAUUCCUGGCUUUCUGUGGACCCCAUCCUCAUUCAAGGAUUGAGAAUGGUUACCCCUUGCAUUCCCCGGAGUCUUACUUUCCGUACUUCCGGUUGCACGGAGUUUCCUGUAUAGUAAGACUGAAUAAGAAAAUCUACGAUGCCAACAGGUUUGUGAACGGAGGGUUCCAACAUGAAGAUCUAUUUUUCAUCGACGGAUCCACUCCCCCCGACCAUAUCCUUAAAUCUUUCCUACAAAUUGCAGAAUCUUGUAAAGGGGGCCUGGCAGUGCACUGUAAGGCUGGGUUAGGACGGACAGGUUCGUUAAUUGGUUGCUACAUCAUGAAACAUUAUAGAUGGACAGCAUUAGAAACUAUCGCGUGGUUAAGGAUAUGCAGACCUGGGUCUAUUAUUGGUCAUCAGCAGGAUUGGUUACAGGACAAACAAGAGGAGAUGUGGCAGCAGGGAGAUGAGUUUAGAAGAAUGUACCCUGAGAGAUCGGUUCUAGAUUCUCCGAGUGAGUUCGGCGUGUACAGUCUUAAGAGGAAGCACAAGCUCAUGGACAGGCUGGCGAGCAGGAAGGAGAAGGAGUUGUCUCGGAGUGAGACAGACAGCAGGACUGGGUUGGCGAGUAGGCUCGGGAAAGUCAAGAUAGGAGAGGAGGAGGGGGAGGGGGAGAACAAGGAGGAGAAGGAAGAAAAGGAGGAGGAGAAGGUGAAGGGAAGGGAUGAGAAGGAAGGAGGUAAUAAAGAAGAGAGGAUCAGAGAACUCAAAGCUCUUAAAGAAGAAAACCGGGAGAAAAAUAAGUUGAUUGACAAGGUUGAUGUACGUAUCAUUGAUAAGCCUGGUCUAGAAGAUGAGAAAAACCGAAAGAACUUGGAGAACCUGGAGAAGCUGGAGCAGGGACGGGUAGAGAAGAAGAAAAAUCAUCACAGAGUUCUUACUCAGGGAGACAAACUAAACAUUAUCAAGGCUAAAAAGCAAAUGGAGCAUGAAGCUUCAAUCAAAACAAAACCUGCUACGCGUCUUACGCGCUCUCAGUCAGGAGCACGCAGGGGAACAUCACCAAGUGCACGAUCCUCUUCUAAGACCACCAGAGCGCGUACUGGUGCUGUUAGAUGACUACACGCCAUGGUCUCGCCAGACCAAACUCGCUUCAUAUUCUCUCCGUCUUCCAGUUAUAGAACAACAACUACCCACCUUCCUUCUA